AAUCAAAUCACUACGGUUUUGUUUACAACUUUUAUUGGCUGUCAAAAUUGUGUUGUUUUGUGAUUGCGAAGCGGUAGUGAAAUUUAGUUUUUAUCGACUCCGAAAUGUCGUCCUUUAAAGGCGACGAAGUUGCUCUCAGCUUCCACGAAUCCUGCCUGCGGAUGUCCGACGUUGACCUGCUGAAGGGUCCCUACUGGCUGAACGAUCAGAUUAUUUCGUUUUACUUCGAGUACCUGGAACAGCUGAUCUUCAAAGACGAAGAGGACAUUCUGUUCGUCAGUCCGGAGGUGACGCAGUGCAUCCGGAUGGUGUCCGAGGCGGAAAUCGGUGUCUUUCUGGAGCCACUGAGGGCCCACCGGCGGUCGUUUAUUUUCUUCGCUCUCAACGACAACCAAGCGGCAGAUCGAGCCGGUGGUUCCCACUGGAGUUUGCUAGUGUUCUCGAGGCCCGAGAAGAGCUUCUACCAUUUCGAUUCCUCGCACAACAGCAACACGAACAUUUGCCGGCAGUUCGUGGCGGUGCUGAAACGUGCCCUCAAUUGCUCGGAGGCACAGCUGAGGACCGGCGAUUGUCUGCAGCAGAGCAACGGAUACGACUGCGGGGUUCACGUCCUGUGUACGGUCGAUAAAGUCACGCAGCAGAUUCGACGGACCGGCAGGAUCGAGGGCGUGAAGAGUGCCCGAUAUGAUGUAAUCUGCGGCAAGCGGGAUGAAAUACUUAACAUUAUCAUCGAUCUUGGCGGGAGAAUUAACUAGAAAGUGUUCGCGGAACGAAAUAAAAAACCAACAAAACAUGACCACCAGAAUAGCGUUGUUCUAGACACGGCACGGCGCAUAGCAAAUCGGUACUUGCAGGCGGCAGCCACCGAGCUUUUUCGAGAAGCUGAGUUUUAUACGAUAUAUUUUUGCACAUUUUAGACCAUAGUAAUUUAUUUGUUUAAUAUACGGCGCAAGCUUUGAAUAAAUAGGAGUGAACGCUCCAGUUGAAGAGUUAA